AAAAAUAAAAUAGAAAAUAUAUCAAACACCGCAUUGUCCGUCUUUCGUAUCUCAUCACCAUUUCUGUUUUUCUCAACAAAAACAAAAAAAAGGGAAAAAUGAAAGGUGUUUUUAUGGUCUGGGACAGGUCAUGUGGCUUACAGCUUGACGCACGAGUCACGACGGCGUUCCCUGCAAAGAAUUAUCCGCCGGUACUUUCUCUACCAAAGAAAUUCAGCAAAACUCCUUUCCAUCUUAACACAGCUCUUCUCACAAACUAAAGAAAUCGCAGUAACAUUAGAUUAAACAGAUGUCAAAACUCUCUCUCCAUCUUUGCCUUUCUCUGUUUUUAUGGCAAUCAUAUUUUAAUAUGGGGUUUCCUCACUUUACUCCUCCAACUUUGAUUCUUUACAUAACCAAAUCUUAACAACUCUACAACUACUACUACCCAUUUCUUCACUUAAUUUCCCUUUCUCCAAACACUCUUAAGCACCACACUCACACCCAAGAAGGGAAGAAGAGAUGGAGAAGCAGAGAAGUUUUUCCAUCAAGCCCAUCAGAUUCUUGGUCUUCGCAUUCACUCUCUCCUUCUCUGUAAUCUUUCUCAUUUUCUUCUCCACUUGGGUUGUUAAAACCCCCCCUUCACUCCACCUCCCAACCCACAAUCUCGGUUUCAACACUACUUCUCUUUCUGUACAGACCCUGAGAGAGUUCAACACCACUUCUCCCGAAUAUCUACUGAAAACUUCAAUCUUGUUAAGAUCCCAUUUUGAAAGAGAUGAAAACUCUUCUCAUAUCGCUGAUGUUUCAAGUCUUGAGGAUGUUCAGAAAAGGGAAAGCGAAAUUACAGUGGUGAAAGAUGCAGAAAGCAGAGUCAGUUUGGUGACUGGUAAUUCUAGUUUGAAUCCUCUUGGUAGUAAUCUUUCUGUAGAUGGUGUUAAUUCUUCAUAUAGUACUAAUUCCACUGUGGAUGAUACUGGAGAAUUGGGUCAUGUAAUAUACACUGUUGGUAGUAACUCUUCUGGUGAAGAAUUUCAAGAACUGAAUGAUGUAAUAGACAGAGGUAAUGUAGUGUUUGAUAAUUCCACUUCCGGGAAACAGGAUAUAGUGUCUGAUAGCCCAUUCGAGAGACAACAUAUUGAACUCAGAAAUGAUGUUGCGGAGAAGGAUAAGUUGGAUUGUGACAUCACAAGAGGGAGGUGGGUGAUUGAUGGAAGCUAUCCCUUGUACACAAAUGUUACAUGUCCCUUUAUAGACGAAGGAUUUAAUUGUGAGGGUAAUGGAAGGUUGGACAAAGAUUACAUGAAAUGGAGGUGGCAGCCUCAUGAUUGUGACAUUCCUAGGUUCAAUGCAACUAAAAUGCUGGAGUUAAUCAGAGGAAAGAGGUUAGUUUUUGUUGGUGAUUCGAUCAAUAGAAAUCAAUGGGAAUCCAUGCUUUGUUUGUUGAUGGGAGCAGUCAAAGAUCCAACGAAGGUAUACGAGACCCGUGGGAGGAAAAUAACUAAAGAGAGGGGAAACUAUUGUUUCAAGUUUGAGGAUUAUAAAUGUACAGUUGAGUAUUAUCUUUCACAUUUUCUAGUUCAUGAGAGUAAGGCAAGAAUAGGCAAGAAGCGAGGUCAGACGUUGCGUAUUGACACUAUAGAUAAAGGGUCGUCAAGAUGGAGAGGGGCUGAUAUUCUGGUAUUCAACACUGCACAUUGGUGGAACCAUCACAAAACAAAGGCCGGGAUUAACUACUACCAGGAAGGCGACCUAGUCCAUCCUCGACUUGAUGUUGCAGAGGCCUUCCGACGAGCUUUGUUGACAUGGGCAUCGUGGGUGGAUAAGUACAUAAAUCCACGCAAAACUCUGAUUUUCUUUAGAAGUUCUGCCCCUUCGCAUUUCAGUGGGGGUCAAUGGAACACUGGUGGCCAUUGUAGAGAAGCUUUUCAACCCAUUAACGAGAGUUUUACGUCUAAUUACCCAGAAAGGAAUUUGAUUGUGGACGAAAUAAUACGACAGAUGAAGAAUCCCGUUACUUUACUGAACAUAACACGUUUAUCCGAUUAUAGGCCAGAUGCUCAUCCGUCCAUAUACGGGCGACAAUCUGUGAAUCCAGGUGUUGAAGAUUGCAGCCAUUGGUGCCUUCCUGGUGUCCCAGAUACCUGGAAUGAAUUGCUGUACUAUUAUUUGCGGUUGAGAACAAAGGGCAAUUUUGUAGACUAGAAAUUACUUUUCUUAUGUUCCUAUUCUUUGAUUCUGGUUUUGGCUGUUGCAAGAAAAGCCAGUCUAUUUGCACACAGAAAUUCCUAACUUUGAGUUGCUUCACUCUACCGACAGUCUCUCAUUCUUUCUGUC